AUGGAAUGUCCAGAAGACUAUGUCUACGAUGGAGAGAGAUACUCAUGUGUGGAGCCAUCGAAGCUGGAGUCAUGUAAUCCUGGUGCCCUUGGUGAAGCCACCACAAGUUCGUCUUUGUCUACUGCAUCUCCCGGGGCAGAGCCGAUAUUGAAUGGGAAAGGCUGCGAAGGAUUAGCUGACGGUUUCUACGAGUUUGCGAACUGCUCUUCGUACUAUUUGACCUGUUCUGGUGGCAUAGCUCGGGUUAUGAAGUGUCCAGGUCUGCUCAUCUAUGAUAGAAGGCAAGUCGGUGUCUUUGCUCUGGUACAAGGUUUGAUCUACAAAUUUCCAGGUCAAAGAGUCUGGUUGGUAACAUCUUAUCACUUCUUCAGUUGUGCGCUUUCUCAUCUGUCUGUUCCAGACGUGUGCAAGAAAGAUGGUUUCUACUCUUACGGAAACUGCACGGACCUGUUCUAUGCUUGCUCGAGCGGGCGUCAAAUCACUAUGCACUGUCCAGCUGACCUAGCAUUCGAUCAAGGCAGACAACUGUGUGAUUACAAGUAUGCUGUCGAUGUAUGCAAGGAAAGUGUAGGGACUACUGUAGAAGUACCUACGGCGAUUCCUGUCAAAGAGACCACACAAAUCUUCGUAAAAGAGGCUAGAACUGUGCCACCUGUUGAAGAAGUCACUAGAAUUAUCGUGGAAGAAACCACCGAGGUACCCUCUGAAAGAACAAGUGUGGUUCCUGUGAGAGACUUUAUCGAACUGCAUGGAAGGGAUUUCUUUGAGCAGUACAGGAGAGAGCCUAUUGAAAAAACCACAGUAGCAGUGACGGAAGAGCCUGCACAGGUCAUUACACUGCCCAUGAUGACGACAGAAACCCCCAUGCGAACCACUGAAGAUCACGUCGAGUUUAUCGAAGAUCGUGGGAAGGAGUACAUCGCAUAUUAUGGGAAACCCAUGGAAAGUGAGGUUCCUGCGGAAGACACGACUGCAAGACCUGUCAAAGAGACAGAGAAACUAGAGGAAUACAUGAGUUACGGAAGACAUAUGGAAGAUUCGGCGAAGCGAACUACCGAGAUGCCCGUCAUGCAACAUGUCGAACACGAGAAGAUUGUCGAAGCUACCGAAACUCCUGUGAAGGUGCUGAUCGACAAGUACGGCAGGGAAUUCAUCGAGAGCCAUGGUAAAGAUUUCUCUGAUUUGCAAGAGAGGCAACACGCAGCCGUCGAAGUAUCUGAGAAACCAACUACAGAGAUGCCGUUGAUAGCUGCUGCAAACCACCAAGAGAGGGAUUACGAACUCUGGCACGAAAUAGGAUUUAUCCAGCCUCGCGGAGAAGGUUACGUCAACAGCGCACAGCACUUCAGAAAAUCCGAAAACGUGCAAGGGAAGCUGGAGGCUCAAGAAAGGCAGAAGUACGAAGGAGAGAGCGUGAACUUGCAUGGUGCCGGUGAUGUUACAGGCAAGUUCCGCGGUAAGCUUUCGGGCGAGUACGCUGGUGACAUUGCAGGCCAAUUCGCUGGUAAAGCCGAGGGUCAAUACGUGGGAGAAGCAUCAGGAAGAUACAGUGGUGAUGUCAACGGUCUAUCGGUAGGAGAGGCAUCAGGCAGAUUUGCUGGUGAAGGUCAAGGCUUGUUUAUUGGAGAAGCAUCCGGAAAAUACACUGGCGAAAGGGAAGGACUGUUUGUGGGG